AACACACACUUAAUGUCAGUUCCCACUCAAUACCAGUCAGUUAACUCACUGUACAAGACCUCUCCCCUUCAGUCUACUGCAGGGUGGGAGAUGCAACAAUGGCCUUGAGAACAGCAGGAAGUGUGUUGGUGGUCUUUCUCUGGUCUGUAGCAGUGGUACUGGGUCAGGAUGGCUGGAGUGUGACUUACACCACUCAGAGUAUCUGUACCUUGAAGGGGUCAACAGUGGAGCUGACCUGCUCUUACACAUAUCCCAGUGGUCAUACAGUCACAACAACCUACUGGUUCAACAAAAAUGAUGCUGUUGGGCCUGUAAGGCUGAGUGAUGACCCAGACUACAAAGGACGUGUGACGUACCGUGAGGAUGAAGAGAAUGGUCACACCCUGACAAUCACAGACCUGAGAGAGAGUGACUCAGCUACGUACAAAUUCAGAUUUACAGAUCAGACUGGAACAUGGAGAUAUACUGGUGAUCCUGGAGUCACUCUGUCUGUCACAGGUCUUCAGGUGAAGGUGACUGGUGGACAUCAGGAUAAGACACUGACCUGUAGCACCACCUGUACUCUGACUGACAACCCCACCUACAUCUGGUACAAGAACGGACACAAAGUAAAGGAGGACACUUCCAGCCUGGACUCAGACUCCUUUAGUGAUGCAGACAGUUACUCCUGUGCUGUAAAAGGCCGUGAGGAUCUCCACUCUCCUGCAGUGUGUCAGAAGUGUUGGAGUGUGACUUACACCCAUCAGAGUAUCUGUGCUUUGAAGGGGUCAACAGUGGACAUAUCCUGCUCUUACACAUAUCCCAGUUACCAUGAGAUCAAACAAGCUUUCUGGUUUACUAAAUGGUCUGGUAUGGAUCCUGAAGAUCUGAGCUCAGUGCCAGGGUAUGAGGGUCAUAUAGAGUACCUUGGGGAUAAGGAGAGUGACUGUACCCUGAGAAUCACAGACCUGAGAUUGAGUGACUCUGCUGGGUUCAGGUUCAGAUUCAUAACAUCUGGAGACAAGUUUUCUGGCUCACCUGUUUCCCUGACUGUCACAGAUCUUCAGGUAAAGAUGACAACUUCACUGUUUUCAAGAUGGGUGACCCUGAACUGUGGCACGUGUACUCUGACUGACAACCCCACCUACAUCUGGUACAAGAACGGAGACAAAGUAAAGGAGGACACCUCCAGACAGUACUCAGACUACAUUAGUGAUGCAGACAGUUAUUCCUGUGCUGUAAAAGGCCAUGAGGAUCUCCACUCUCCUGCAGUGUGUGUCCGUGGUCAGAAGUGUUGGAGUGUGACUUACCCCCAUCAGGGAGUCUGUGCCUUGAAGGGGUCAUCAGUGGAUAUAUCCUCCACGUAUGACAGUGGUUAUGAUACGAUCACAUCAACACUCUGGUUUAGUCCUAAACAGAGUGACAGGUGGAGGGAUGAGUUGAUCCCUGAGGACCUAACCACAGACCCAGGGUAUGCAGGUCGUGUGGAGUAUGUUGGAGAGAAGGAGAGAAACUACAUGCUGAUUAUACAAAACAUUAAGAACACCUGCUUUUUCCAUGACAUAGACCAGAUUUACACAACUGGUGAUGGCCCAAGGAACACCUCAGUAUCAGUCAGUCCCUCUGGUGAACUAGUGGAGGGCAGUUCAGUGACUCUGACCUGCAGCAGUGAUGCAAACCCACCUGUGGACAAAUACACUUGGUACAAGAUAACAUACAAGAAAAUGUCAAUGAGACAUUCUGGACAGAGCUACACCAUCCAUAAUAUCAGCUCUGAGGACAGAGGAGAAUAUUACUGUGAGGCUGAGAAUGAAGUUGGAGCCAAAAUAUCAAAGCUUGUUCCUGUAAAUGUGUUGUAUAAACCAAGGAACACCUCAGUGUCAGUCAGUCCCUCUGGUGAAAUAGUGGAGGGCAGUUCAGUGACUCUGACCUGCAGCAGUGAUGCCAACCCACCUGUGGACAAAUACACCUGGUACAAGAAGAACGUAUCCUCACCAAAAGCAUCAGGACAGAGUUACAGCAUCACUAACAUCAUCUCUGAGGACAGAGGAGAAUAUUACUGUGAGGCUGAGAAUAAAUAUGGACGUCUCAACUCCACUUCUGUGCAUGUAGAUGUUCAUUAUGGCCCAAAGAAUACCUCAGUGUCAGUCAGUCCCUCUGGUGAAAUAGUGGAGGGCAGUUCAGUGACUCUGACCUGCAGCAGUGACGCCAACCCACCUGUGGAAAACUACACCUGGUACAAGAAGAACGUGAUCUCACCAAAAGCAUCAGGACAGAGAUACACCAUCCAUAAUAUCAGCUCUGAGGACAGAGAGGGAUACUACUGUGAGGCUCUGAACAUUAUAGGGAGAGAGACUGUCCCUGUCCAUAUUAAUGUUACAUCAGUGUUUCCCUGGGUUCCUGUGGUGGGGGUGGGGGCUGUCCUGACUGCUGGAGCUCUUCUUGUCACCAUCUACUGCUAUAUGAAGAGGAGAUCCACAGGAGGAAGUGAUGCCACUGCAGACACACAGAUUAAGGGACUCCCCCGUGACACAGCCCCUCAGAUAGAUGUUGAGCCCUCCGAUUAUGAGAACUGGAGCGAACCACCACAGAACCUGGAAAGUGACACAGACCCUCAGAUAGAUGCUGAGCCCUCCGAUUAUGAGAACUGGAGCGAACCACCACAGAACCUGGAAAGUGACACAGACCCUCAGAUAGAUGCUGAGCCCUCCGAUUAUGAGAACUGGAGCGAACCACCACAGAACCUGGACUGAAGAGAACCACCACAGAACCUGGACUGAAGAGAACCACCACAGAACAUGGACUGAAGAGAACCACCACAGAACCUGGAUUGAAGAGAACCACCACAGUACCUGGACUGAAGAGUACCACCACAGAACCUGGACUGAAGAGAACCACCGCAGAACCAGACUGAAGAGAACCACCACAGAACCUGACUGAAGAGAACCACCACAGAACCUGGACUGAAGAGAACCGCAACAGAACCUGGACUGAAGAGAACCACCACAGAACAUGACUGAAGAGAACCACCGUAGAAACUGAACUGAAGAGAACCACCACAGAACCUGGACUGAAGAGCAACAGCAUCAAACCAAAGCUAGGCCUCACAAUGCUAUUCUCUUACUAUCAUUACGCUUUCUUAUCUAUUAGGUUUUCCAGACAAUGACCUUUAACUUUUGAGUGAAUGCUGGAAUUUAGAUUGUUAUCCUAAUGAUAAAUACAGUAUGUAUAUAGAUGAUAAAUACAGUUUGUAUAUAGAUGAUAAAUGGGGGAUAGAUUAUGCUUCUGCUAUUUUUCUAUAAGAUUUUGCCAUUUCCAGAUUUGAUUACAUUUCAUGUAGAAAUAUGUUGAACUAUUCAUUAGCUCUGCUCCUUCAGGUGUUUAGUAAGCCCACCGCAUGCUAGGUAAUGCUAGUAUCAACAUGCCAUCAACACAGCUGAAACUAUAGUAAGACCACCACAUGCUAGGUAAUGCUAGUAUCAACAUGCCAUCAACACAGCUGAAACUAUAGUAAGACCACCGCAUGCUAGGUAAUGCUAGUAUCAACAUCCCAUCCAACACAGCUGAAACUAUAGUAAGACCACCACAUGCCAGAUAAUGCUAAUAUUAACAGCCCAUCCAACACAGCUGAAAUUAUAGCUAGCCUUGAUUAGUAAUCACAGCGUCAGCUUCCCCACUAAGGUCCAAUGUGAUAACUUGGAAUCUGAGGAAGAAAGUCAGGUUUAAGAAGUAGUAUGACAUUUUAAAUGAUGCUGUACAUCUAUGAAUACAUGCAUUUAAUGAUAAAAAGAUCCAGUAAUGCUCGACUGCUGAACAGCGCAUAUAGCGGCCAACAGCAUUUGGGCCAGCACGAUGGUGGUAGAUAUGACCCACUCUCACUAAAACUACUGUAGCAGAGUGAGUCUCAUCAGGGUAUAAGAUGCCUGCAUACUCACUAUGUACAAGCAUACAUGAUAACAUGCGUAAAUGUAUUACUAGCAGGAGAUUAAUAAGAAUGAACAACAGUAGCUAAUACAUGAUGACUAGAAUGAAGUGAUCGCUACAGUAGCAUAUAAUGUAAAGAUGGACCGACAGAGAGGACUAACUAUGUAAAGAUGGACGGACAGAGAGGACUAACUAUGUAAAGAUGGACCGACAGGGAGGACUAACUAUGUAAAGAUGGACCGACAGGGAGGACUAACUAUGUAAAGAUGGACCGACAGGGAGGACUAACUAUGUAAAGAUGGACCGACAGGGAGGACUAACUAUGUAAAGAUGGACCGACAGGGAGGACUAACUAUGUAAAAUACAUAACAGGCUUAGAAUAUGGCUAAUACAUCAGAGCCUAAACUUACUGUUGUAGAUAAGGAUGAAGUAAAUAUUAGAGUGACACAAAUUAUACCAUAAAAUGGAAACUAAUAAUGUGACUCAUGCAACAGUAUCGGAAUACAACAGGUGUAAAUCUUACAUGGAAAUGCUUACUUACAAGCCCCUUAACCAACUAUGCUUUCAGAAGUUACGAAAAAAUAAGUUAAAAUAAGUUACGAAAAAUUAAGUGUUAAGUAAAAAAUAGAAAAUUAUAGUAGCAAAUAAUUAAACAGCAGCAGUAAAAUAACAUUAUAGAGGCUAUAUAAAGGGAAAGGGGGAUUCCUAGUCAGUUGUACAACUGAAUGCAUUCAACUGAAAUGUGCCUUCUGCAUUUAACACAACCCCUCUACAGGGGUUAUCGUACAGAGUCAAUUUGGGGGCACCGGGUAGUUGAGGUAAAAUGUACAUGUAGGUAGGGCUAAAGUGACUAUGCAUAGAUAAUAAACAGAGUGUUGCAGCAGCGUCUUGGUCGCCCUUUGAUUAGCUGGUCAGGAGUCUUGGCUUGGGGGUAGAAGCUGUUCAGAAGCCUUUUGGACCUAGACUUGGCGGUCUGGAACCUCUUGCCAUUUGGUAGCAAAGAGAACAGCUUAUGACUGGGGUGGCUGGAGUCUGACAAUUUUUAUGGCCUUCCUCUGACACUGUCAGGUUAGAGGUCCUGGAUGUCAGGAAGCUUGGCCCCAGUGAUGUACUGGGCCAUACGCGCCUUUUGGUCGGAGGCCGAGCAGUUGCCAUAACAGUCAGUGAUGCACCCAGUCAGUCAGUAUGCACUAAUGCAGCCUUUCUUAAAGUUGGGUCAAGGACCUGUUAAUGGUGGGUCGCGACAUGUCAGUGUAAAUAUAUCAUUAUUUCAUGAUCUACUGUAAUUGAUUUGGCCAAGUGCAUCUGCGCUCUCUGUUCGGUGCGCGUUCUGCUCGGUCUCUGCUCAGUUUGGCAGCUGCACCAGUGUGAGAGGGGGAUGCCUGUGUGCAUCUGCGCUCUCUGUUCGGUGCGCGUUCUGCUCGGUCUCUGCUCAGUUUGGCAGCUGCACCAGUGUGAGAGGGGGAUGCCUGUGUGCAUCUGCGCUCUCUGUUCGGUGCGCGUUCUGCUCGGUCUCUGCUCAGUUUGGCAGCUGCACCAGUGUGAGAGGGGGAUGCCUGUGUGCAUCUGCGCUCUCUAUUCGGUGCGCGUUCUGCUCGGUCUCUGCUCAGUUUGGCAGCUGCACCAGUGUGAGAGGGGGAUGCCUGUGUGCAUCUGCGCUCUCUGUUCGGUGCGCGUUCUGCUCGGUCUCUGCUCAGUUUGGCAGCUGCACCAGUGUGAGAGGGAGAUGCCUGUGUGCAUCUGAGUUGUGUACUUGAUCUCUUUUUCUGCUGUUUUCUUGCAGAUCACUCGGCUACACAGAUGCAGCGCUGUCGUUCAGAUUGUUGGCAUUUUAUAACAGGUGACGAUAAGCAGUAAUAAGGGAGUAUUAACUAACUCUCAUAGUAGUAGAUGUGAGUUUCUCUUUCAAUCCCCUGGCCUUGUACACAGCUAAUAGCUAACAUUUGCCAAAAACAAGCUAGCUACUGAUAGUGCAACCCUAGUAACAGUACAGAUGAAAAUAAAAAAUGAUCAGGCCUACUUUACAACUUACUGUAUACAUUAUUGUUGAAAACUAGUCUAGGUUGGGACUGUUGCUGUUAAAAUACAAUUAUAAUUGUUAUUCUUAGCUGGAAUAAAUUGAUUGAAGCAAGAUACUUUUUGAGGAAAACUCACUCACAGUUCUGGGUUGCUCAUCUACAAUAGGAAGCGGUCUCCUGCCUGACUGAGAAAGCAGUAGAUGUUCUGGUCCAGUUUGGCACAACAUACCUAUGUGAGUCAGGGUUCUCAACUCUGACACUUAAAAAACAUGUACAGAAACAGUUUCAAGGCUGAGCUUGACCUCAGUGUUACACUGUCAUAAACAGAGCCCAGAAUAGACCUGCACCGACUCAGCUCGAAAGCUGGUAUUGGGAACAAACAAGUAGGCUAUAUGAUUGACUACUCCUGAGGCUAAUUCUACUUAGCUAAUUCUACAUGUCGCCGGCUAUUAACUGAAAACAGAGCAGCAACAUGGUUGAUCCUCUCAAUCAAUCACAUCACCGCAGCAGCCAAACAUUGCAACAUGAGCAUAUUGAACGAUGCGGGUGAGGUUCAAACACAGCCAGCGAGCAUUCACAAAGACAACAUUAUAUCAGAAAUCAGCAGCAUAGCGAGAAACAGCUAGUUACAGCAGCAGAAUCAAUGGAGGACAAGAAGCCAGCGCUUAGUAGCAGCAAGCGGCAGAAGGAUGUAAGAGCAGACCAGGUCAAUAAGGAAGUCGUGAAUGAUACUGGCCUCUAAUUGGUGCCAUCUCAGUUGAGGCGGGCCCUCGGGUUUCCUUUCUGAACUUGCUCCGCUUAAUAAAUAGCCUACUUUUCUUGUGCUUAUCUGUUUUUGAUAUUUUUCUAUGGGAUUUAGCCAAUUCCAGAUGUUUUAUAAUAGAUGAAGUAUUGGUUUGUUUUAGUGACACAAAAGGAAUAACAUCGAUGAGAGCUUUUAAAUAAUUUUAGCUCUGGAGUUUCUCCUGAUUUGUUUUAAUACGUUUUACUUUGUAUUGGUGUCAGAUAUUAUUGGGCAUUUUAUAUUUUAUAUUAUGUUAUACCAUAUCGUUCAGUGUCAAUAUUGCUUGUUUUAUUAUCAAAUUAUGAAUUAUUACCUAUUUUAGAUACAUUACAUUUUGCAGUAUUUUUUUACAUUGAAUACAGUACAAGUAUCAUGUUGUAAAUAAGCUCAGUUUAAGACA